AUGGGUUUUAUUGGCAAAAGUGUGGAAGUUGAAAAAGCAAUUUUAUAUGGUUUGCAGAGUAAUGUAAAUCAGCUUGAAAAGCUUUUACAAGCAUCUUGCGGAGAUGGGAAGUGUAAUUGUGAUAUUAAGAGUUUCAGUGUUGGACCUCUUAAAAAACUUCAAAAGACAUUUAAUGACAUUGAUAAAAUUGAGAGACAAUUUGAUAGCCUUAAAAAUGAAAUUGCUGGAAAAAGUAAGGCGUCCGUAGGGACGCCGUCCGGCAGUGAUCCUGAGAUUGAGAGGCUUGAUGAGAAAAUUAAGCUAAAUGAAGAGAAGCUUAAAGAGCAAAAAAUGCAUCGUGAAGAGCAAAUUACACAGCUUAAAACUCAAUUAGAAGCGCCUAAAAAGGAAAUUAAGAAUACAAUUGACAGCCUUACUGAAGAAGUGAAAAGGCUUCAAAAGCAAAUUGAGCAGUAUAAAGAGAAAGAAAAGCGUGAAAAUGAUUUUCUUAAAGAUGCAGAUAUCUCCAUUCCCUCCCAUCUUUCCAAUCCUCUUGAAACUGCGCAGGCUAAAUUGAAGUCUCAUAAGGCUUCGUUGAAGUCUCUUGAGAGUCUUGAAAAGCUUAUUACAUUUCAUAAGGAAGUUAAAAAUGCAGACAAUAAAAAUUGUAAAACACUUUUAACAAAUUUGUGUACAGGCCUCGAAAAAUUUCUCGGCUACCAGAAUGGUAAUUACACCGGAGAAGGAAUUGUGUACUCCGACCUUGACAGGCUGUGCGACGGGGUGAUGGCGUUUCUCCUCCAAUGUCUUAAGGGCAGUUACAGCACUUUAAAACAUUAUAAUAAGAAUAUUGACGAUACUAUUAGAGAUUUAAGUGCUGCUAUAGGUAAGGGCCAUGGUGUUCAGGGAUUUCGCUCCGCCAUUGGGAGCGUGCAGGCGGGGCUGCGGGGGUAUGAGAGGGAGUUGGGGAGGAGGACAGGGAAAGUAGUUAGCCCGCUUCAGACAUUGUUGAAUCUGAAUAUUAAAGAUUUAGAGAUGUCCCAUUUGAAUUUGAAACAACAACCUGUUGAGAGUCAAAUUAACCAGUGGACUGCGGCCACCAGAAUUUUUUCCGAAAAACUUGCAAAAUCUCAAGAGGCUCUAAACAAUUUAGAUAAACAUCUUCGAAGGAAAUUGGAGAUGCCAAUGCAAUUGAUUGAGCAAGCAUUGAAUGCGUUCAUGAAUGCUUCAAAAAUAAGAGACAUUCAGGGACUUACUGCGACAUCAGCAAGUGAGCUUAAGAGUCUGCAGAGCAAAGUGGAGAGAGAUGUCGAAGAAAGGAUAACAAAAAUGGAAAACAUUCUGAAAAGCAAUUUCAAAAGUGAGAUUCAGGAUAAUAUCGAUGAUAUUAAAACCGAUUUAAUUGCUAUCGAUGCCGAUUUGGGGGGUUGGAUUAAUGAGGCGGAGAAAGUUAUUCAUAAGGCUGUUGGGAAGUGUUAUAAAAUUUUGCGAAAGGUCCAAGAGACAAAUUCGAAUGCUCUGCAAACUCCGAUUGGAAACGCUGCCACAACUUUGAAAACAAAAGCCAUCCAACUUCGUGACGCCGCCCUUGCAGCCAAGGCGGCUGUCCAGCAGCAGGUGGAGCAGGCGCUUACUCAGGUUGUUCAGUUGGACAAGACGCUUAAAUUGAAUCUCAAUGACAUGAAAGUGGCGCUUCAGAUGGGUAUUACAUCGUACGUUAGGGGGUAUGUUGAAGAAGUGCAAAAGAAGGUUAAGGAGAUAAAGGGGGAGAAAGGAGGAGCAAAUGGAAAGGGUCUUGAGGGGAUUAAGAAGAGAAUAGUGGAGGAGUAUGCACAGAAGUUUAGGAAUGAUUUUGGAAAAGUAGUACAGGAUUGGAUUAAAGACAUUUUGGAGACAGACGUUGUAGUUAAAGAGUAUUUCAAUACGUAUGUUAAGAGAAGUCAUAAUGGUGUUACGUUUAAUGAACAAUUUGUAGAUAGGGGUGCAAAGGUAAUGAAGACGGAUGAUAUCGGUGACGUCGCAGGUGUAAUAAAGCAGCAGCUCGAGAAUGGAAAGGAGAUCAUAAUCAAAAAUGCCACCAUUGAUGGUGGCAAAGACGAUAGCGUUCAAGCAAACAUUGACGCUGUGGAAGAAUGUAUAACCACAUUUGUAGCGAGUCUUGAUAAGAAGAUAAGGCAGGAAGGAAAGAUAUCUUUAGAGUCAAGCACGUUUGUUUUUGGAAUAGCCAACAAGAUAAAUGACUUUGUGGUGGAAAGCACGCAGAAAGAUACUUCCCUAGGGUUCCUAAAAUCGGCUGUCGCCGUCAUCUUAGCGGAACUCUCCGCCAAAGCCAACCAAGUUCUCUCCGAGCUUGGAUCUUUUACUGGUAUCGAGGACGAUGGUACGGGCGACAACCUCGGAAAGAACAUCGACGCCGCGCUUCAAGUGGCUACCGAUAUGGACGGUGAUUUUGACACGGCGCUUGUAACGUCCUCCGAUCAACCUAAAUAUAAGUCCGCCAAACCCUACGUCCCUGCUGUCGGCCCCGGCUCCGGCCCUCAACAGGAUCAGCUUGAUGCCAAUAUUCAGAUGACGAUCAGCGAGGCACUGGAUAAAAAAAUUGGAAAAGGUGAUGAUGGUGGUGAUUGGGGUAAAUUCAAACUUUCAGAGCAAUUCAAUCAGUACCUUGGUAGCCUUACAGUGCCAGCAAACGCUAAACUAACUGGGAAUCCGGACGCAAAUGAAGGUCAGCUUCCAGAAAAGAUCGGGGAUAUCAAAAGGGAGGUGACAAAGAAACUCACCGAUAAUGGGAUCAAGGAUAUAAUAGAUGAAAGAAACCGAAUCUUCGAGAAGCCCUUUGAAGCGAUUAAGGAAGAGCUCUCUGAACUGACCAAGCUGGUUAGUGAGAAUACUACUGGUGACCUAUACGUAAGUGGACAAAAGGGCGUGAAAACAUAUUUGUUAGAGCUUCAGAAUGGUCUCAAAAAUGAACACAUGUGGGGAGUUUUUACUCAUGGUCUGGGUAAAAUACAAGAGCGCCUUAACCAUGUCAUUUCCGCUAAGUUGGUAUCAUUGAUAACAAAAGCCAAGACAUUCAAUGACCAAACAAUCCCAGAACAAGCAAAGCGCACCAUCCAACAAAUGAAUCAACAUCUUCGUGAGCAAGUGGCCAAUGCAACCAACAACAUAAAAAACAAAGCUCAAUCCCUGUGUGCUGAACGCAAACAUAAGGAGCUCCAAGACCUGAAAGCAAUUGUAGAAGUGCAGCAAAGGAGUAUUAAAUAUCUUAUUCAACAUGAUACUAGAACAGGCGUAAAAGGAUUUUUGAAAGAAUUGAGUGGCACUUCGGUAAACGUAAUCCCUAAACCUUCAAUUCCCACUAGGCUUGAAGCGUUAAUAGGGAAGGAUACUGUUGCGUUAUUGGCGCCUGCAUUGGAAGCGUAUUUUGAUGAAAUUCUAACAUAUACUGAGAUUGAAGUCAUGACACCGCCGGCAUCCCCAGCAACAGUUGAUCCCACUGAGAAUCCCCAAUCCACCGCUGUCUCCAUCAUCCACUCCCAUCUCUCCACCCUCCUCUCCCACCUGUCCACGCAAAAACACUUCACCCACGAGGUCCCCGGAAUGCUCGCGGAACUCAAGACGUCCGUCCAAGCACUCACUUCUACAGCAUUCGCCAACCCCGCGUACCCCGUGCUCGACGCUUUCCCCAAGAGCCUGCUGCCGUUCGUCGAGCAGCUGGAGAAGGGGUACGUGUCGACGUUUAGUGGUCGAGUGUUUCUUCAUGAUUUGGUUAAAACAGAGACUAAAAACCCAGUUGACCCCAAACAAACUGGGACAAAAGCCGUACAGCCUGACGAAAACAAAUAUACAUUGACUGAGUACGGUGAGAAAUGUGCUAAGAUCAUUCUCACAAUAUUGAACAUGUUAAACAGCGAUUUGAAUGUUCUUAAGAAUACGUGUGAAAAUCCUUCCUCAUCUAGUCAAAUUAAUAAAUCGUCUCAUUUGGGAGACUUACUCACGUCUUAUGGGUACCGUGUUGCCACGCAGCCAAAAUCACAAGACGGUCAUUUGAAGAAUAAGGAAGACCUCAGAGGGAAGAAUAUUCUUGACAAAAUCAAUGAUAAAAUUCAAGACGCCAACAGCAACGCGCACCUUAAUACGUGUUCAGCACUUAAAGAUUCGACAAACAAAGACAAUAUAAUAAGCAUACUUAGAUGCCUUACGUCUCACCUUCAUGACUAUUUCCGUGUUGGUCACAUCACUGCUUCAUUCUCCAAGAAACACCCAUGUUCCGUUUUCGAUAUGUUGUGUUGGACCAGUGGCCUGAAAUAUAACAUGAUAUACGAACCUUUCUCAACCCAUUGCAGAGGCUUAGUCAAAGAUGAAACGGACAUUUACGUUGUGUCGAAAUUAAGCAACGCUGUGACACACGGAGUACCGAAUCUGUCGCCUUACUCACAUAAUCUUCUCACCACUAUCCUUGGCACCGGGGACGCAUACACCAUAUAUGCAUCGGACUAUUAUAACAACUCACUUCAUUUCCAUUACCCAAGUAAUGCAUCACAGUGCCUCGCCAUGUUACUCGAUAUGCUUCGUAGAAUGUUGCCGACACUAAGAUUUUUGCAGAACCAAUGUAACGUUAAAGCCGAAUAUUACGGGUGGUCCGACUGCCAGUAUGGCAAAGACAUAUUAACAUCGAAAUUGCAAUGCAACGACCAUCCAACCGAUAAACCAAAUGGUCAACCUAGGUGCCAACCAAGCACCGAACCAAAGUGCCAACCAAAUGACAAACCAAAUUGCCAACCUACAUCUCCACUUCAGUCCUUCUUAACGGAUGGAUUACCAGGGCAUUUGCCCCACCAACUAAUUAGUGUCGGUUGUAAGUCUGAAUGUUUGAACUGUUCCCCUAACUCCAAGGGAAUGCCUUGCCUUACUCCACUCGGGUUCCGAGCCUUCUCUGGAAGUACGAGGACGGGCAAAGAACUAUGUAACGUGCUCAUCAACUUCUUCGAGAACGUUAAACUUUCAUCGCUGUUCUGUCAAGUUCCCAAACCGCCGUCCACGCUUCCUGAACAUUUUUCCUUUGCAUUAUCGCUUGCAAACGGUCUAAAUGCACGGAAGUCGAAUAAGGCUGACGAUCCUAAAUCGUUUGCAGAGUCUUUCAAAAAUUCUAUCAAAGGAAAGUCCAUUUACCUAUAUGAAGUUGGCGACAAGCUUACUAAUGCCUUUACCGCCGCCUACGGUUCCGCUUCCGCCAACCAUUCUGAAUGUGACAACAUUCACCUAAAAAGUCUUACAACCUCUGACCUCUGUAAAGGGAAGAGUAGUAAGAUGCAGUGCGCUCCAUAUGUUUCCUCUCUUUACACGGAUGCCUACAAAUACAUGUCUAACAAGAACUGCGAUCUCUAUUUGUCAUGGGCCACUUACCUACCAUGGACGUUCUGGGAUUACCUCCAACUUCUGCUUUCCCAAUUCCAACAGAUAUUCUGUUCAGAUUGGGGGUGUCGUAAAUGUAUGAAUGCCGAUAGAUGCAAGAAAGGAAAACACGGAGAAGAGAUGUACUCAUGUCACUGCAAAUCCCUAGUCAGUUGUAAAGGUGUCUCACCGACACUGUACAAAUGCGGAUUUGGUUUCGGCGACGUAUACACACUAAAUGAAAAAUAUAAACAAAAAACGUGUUACAGUUUCCAAAAACAGUUGAACAGCAUACUUCAAUCAAAAUACUUCAGAGAUCUAUUUGAGGAGUGCGACGAAUUCCUUAAAAAAAUCAGAUGGCCAUUUAUGCUAACACUGUUAGCCCUCUGGUCGCUGUCGCUCCUGUACCUGCUGCACAUCGCCGUCGUCCGCCUGGACGUCCUGAGGAUACGCUCACACCUAAGAUCACCCGCAAGCCACCGCAUCGCCGCGCAGUCCCUCCUCGCCGCCGCACGCGUCAAGGCACUCGCCAACGUCAAACAAAGCGCCUUGGAUGAUGUUGAUGCCCGCCGCAUCUCUCUUGGACAGCUUGCUGGACAACUUUCGGAUUUUAUUGGCAGUGGACAGGAAGUUCAAAAUGCAUUGUUGAAGGGUUUGCACAGCAAUGUAAAUCAGCUUGAAAAGCUUUUGGAAACAUCUUGUGGAGGUGAGGGGUGUUGUGAUAAGGCUGUGAAAUUCCGUGUUGAUCAUCUUAAAAUGCUUCAAGAGACAUUUGAAAAAUAUGAUGAAAUUGAGAACAAAAUUAAUGGCCUUAAUAAGCUAAAAGAUGAAAAAAAGAGCCUUAAAGAGCAAAAAAGUCUUCUUGAAGAGCAAAUUGAGAAGCUUAAAAGUGCUUUAAAUAAGCCUGAAAAGGAAAUUGAGUCUCUGAUUUCCAGCAUUAAUGAGAAAAUUGAUGCGCAUAAAAAGGAAAUUGAAGCCUUUAAAAAUGCUAAUAAAGAUGAUAAAAAUAUAUCCAUUCCCUACAGUCUUUCUAGUAAGCUUGAAACUGCGCAGGCUAAAUUGCAGUCUCAUGAGGCUUCGUUGGAGUCUAUUAAAAAUCUUGAGAAGCUUAUUACAUUUCAUGAGGGUGUUAAUAACUCUGGACAAAAUAAAGAUGGAAACUGUAAUGAUAUUCUUAAAAAUCUUACUGAAGGCCUCGAAAAAUUUCUCGGCCACAGUAAUGGUAAUUACACCGGAGAAGGGAUUGUGUACUCGGACCUUGACAGGCUCUGCGACGGGGUGAUGUCUUUCCUUCAUGGAGUUCUCCAUCACAUUAAGCCUACAUUAGGCUUACAUAGAAAUAAAAUUGAUGAAGCUAUAAGGCUUCUUAACGCCAAUAAACACUCUGGUAAAGAUGGUUUUAAUACUGCGAUUGUCAAAGUGGUCCAGGGGGUGAGGCAGUAUAAUGAGGGUGUUGAAAACUCUAAUAAUGCUGUGAAGAAGCCGAUAAAAAAGCUUCAAGAUGAGAUGGAAGACCUAAAAAAUAAGGUACGUGAAAUUCAUGAUUCUCAUUCUGCUUCAGGUGCAAUUGACAACAAGGUGACGGAGUGUCUCCAGCAGGCACGGGACUUUAUCGAUAAUAUUGCACAAAAUAGCGCACACGUUAGCGAUUUGUCAGAUGACUUAGAACGUAAUGUUAAUAAAGCUAGAGAUAAUAUUGCGUAUCAGCGUAGUGAAUUAGACAGGAUUCAUAGGUUGCAGCAGGGGCAGCUGAGGGAGGUGGUUGCCCUAGUUGAGCAGCAGUUGAACGACGCAAAAAGUGUAAUCAAUGAGACGAGUGCGAGAGGCAUAACGGCAUUUGUGAGUGAAGCAAAUAAGAGGAUCACGACACUUAAAAAUGAAAUCACCGAGACUGAUACAGCGUUGACACAGUAUGUUUCUCAGCUAAACGAAUGGAUCAAUAAGGCGGAUGCCGCCGUGGCGGCGGCUUUGGAUAAGGUUGAGAAAAUAUUGAAUGAGGUUGGCGAUGAUACAAGAAAAGCUGCGAACAAGGAAAGGCUCGUGGAAGCCGUUAGACAAUUGGAAUCAAAGGCUUUGACAUUGUAUCAUGCUUAUACGAAGGCCAAUGGAGCUUUGCCCGAAUUAGCUAACCAAGUUAGAACGUCAGUCGCUGCUUUGGAUUUGAGGGUUCGAAAGGAUUUGUUUGACUUGAAAGGCAGCAUUGACUCGACGAUUCACGACUAUGUUGUGGAGGCGAAGAAGCACUUUAACGUUAUUAAAGACAACACUCUUGGACCGGAAGGCGACGGCAAUGAAGGUAUAAUGGGAGAUUGGAAAGAGGUUGCAAGUGAGAUUUCGAAACUGGCCGGGGAGAUUAAUGGUGAAGAUGGGCAAAUUGUUAGGCCACAUUUCAAAGGUCUGGAGGGAAUUAUAGAGAAUAUAAAGGAGUAUGCUGCAAGAUUCACUAAGGUGGAUGAUAGUGAUGGAUUUGGAAGUAUAUUAAAACAGUGGAUAAAGGAUAUUCUGGAAACGGAUCCUGUUAAAAGCUGGCUUGCAAAAUAUAUUGAGUACAACAGAGAUAAUAGACGUGUUCAGUUUAAUGGGGACUAUGCACAGUCGGACAAGAAUGGUAUUAAUACAAACCGUAACAACAAAAUUGCUGAGCAUAUUAAGGGGAAGCUUGGCGUGGAAAUUGGUGCGGCCGUUUUGGCCUCUAAAAAAGUAAACGACAAAAGGGAAUUCGAACAUUAUGUUCAAAAGAUCCAAUAUGUUUGCAGUACAUUUGCCGAAGAUCUUGGGAAGAAACUUAAGGAGGAUAAAAUUGGUGCGCUUACAUUGGCCAAAGAAAUCGAGAAGCUGUUGACAAGCCACGACACCGCUAAAGACAAGCUUCAAACCGCACUCUACGCAACACUCCAUCAGCUGGUUGGUAGAGCCAGGCAGGUUGCUGAGGAGCUCAAAUCGUUCACCACCGAUCAGAUCAUCCAAUACAACCUCGGUAAUAACAUACAUGCCGCAAUAGAGAAGGUCAAAUCAAUCAGCGGCAAUGUUACUAGAGGCUCUGGUCAACAGAUUAGUCUGGCUUUGGGUGGCUUAAUUAACCAGGUUUCUCAGCUAGAAGCCGCCCUCAAGAAAAGUGUUCAAAUGCAGGUUGAUAAAAUUUUCCAAGAGGCGCAUUCAGAUUCUAAUAAGGUUAAGAAUCUUAUGAGGGAUUACGCUAAGCAAAUAGGAGCUGGUGUUGAUGAUGGUAAGAGCAAUACACUUUACGGCGCAAUUAAAAACCUUCAAGAGAAUGCACUGCAACCCAUUAAACAGGUCGUUUCAACCAGUGAAGCAGGUGAAAAAGAUAUCAAAAAGAAGGCAAUAGAAAUCGUUGACACUAAACUAAGUUCUAUGUGCGACGCAAUUUCAAAGGCGGCACAAGAUGAUCCGGAUAGCGCCAAAAACAAAUUGGAGGAGUUGAAAGAGAUGAUAGGAAAAAAUAAAAGUGGUGGGCUGAAGACGCUGCAAAUAAAACUCAGCGCUUUGCAAAGAUUUACGUUAAACCCAUUAAUCGACAAAAUCGAAAAAAUAAUGGGUGAAAACAUCGCCUUAGGCUCUCAGAUUAUACUUGAAAUCGAUGCCUUAGUAACCACACAAAUUGACGGUGCCAAGAACAAUAUUACCGCAGCCAUCAAAACAAGAUACGUCACCUUCAUCAAAGAGCAACUCACGGAGUUCACCAAAAAGGCAACCAAGGAGCUGGACAAAUUGCCGGAUGCCGUGGAAAGAGAUGGCCGUGUUGGUUUUAAAGGCUUCAUGAAUGUGUUACAUGAAAAGUUAGAGUCCAGUUCAUUAAGUAGUCCAUUGGACGAUAACGGUUGUCUUUCUACUUUGAUUUUCAAUGCUCAGCCGUUCUUUAAUAACUUGUUCGACGCUCUGAUCCACAAUGAGGAGAUAUUACCCAAGCAUUUUGCGAUCACCAAGCUACAUGGUGCACUUAAUGGUUUGCUCAACAACCUCACUAAAUACGAUAGAAAGUUCGCAACAAACUUAGAUGCACUUGGGAGCUUACUUAAUGGCAUUCGUCCCAGUUCCUACGAUGAGCACCGCAAUCCCUUGCUGCAUAUUCUCAGGGGUGCCGUACAAGAUUUUUACGAUCAGCUCGACAAGGCGUAUAUAUCGGUGUACGACAGUGAGUCUGUCACACUCUACAACGUAUUAAGUAAGGAGAUAACUGCCGAUGGUAUCAAAUGUGCACAGAUUGUGCUUACCAUGGCUACAACUCUUUAUGAGCAAUUUUACCAUCUCUUCUAUUAUUGUCGCACGGACUGGAGUCACCUCAAGGUUGAUGGUAGCGGCCGGGUUAAGAAUAAAUUUGACUUGCAAGACUACUUGGUGCGCCAACGUUUCAUGACAAAUAAUCUUUGUACAGAUCUUUCUGGUCACCAUGUUGCAAAAAUUCUGACCGACGCUUUCAAGGACAAUGUUGAUUUCCAGGCAGAUUACGAUGCACAAUUCUACGGGCAUAAUACCCUUGGCCAGUACCUUUAUUGCAUAAGGCAAUCCAGAGGUGCCGUGUCCGCAUUUUACUGGAGCCUUGCAGAUUACAAUAAAGUUUGUCACUUACGUAUCCCAUCUAAAUCACAGUACCCCUGCAGCGUACGUGAUAUGUUAUCAUGGAUGUCCGGCCUGCCUUACACUAAGGUAUUCUCCGAAAUUAAACAGCACUGCACAGAACUUCUUAGAAAGGAGGUCGAAGACGCUGAGAAAAAAUCACAACCCCCGGAUCCCAUCAUCGUUAGAAUCCUGAACACCGACCUAUACGACAGCCUACGCGUCACCGUUCAAAAAUCCUACGACACCCUCGUUAGGAUUUGCGGUCACGGCCGCGGAUUUGACCAAGCAGCUUAUCCCUAUGCAUACAGUUUUUGCAACAACUCACGUAACUUUUACUACCCUAACAGCCCUAAUGAGCUAUUUGAUAUGUUGAGAGAAAUAUGUACACGUGUACUGAAGUCACUAUGUUUUCUGCAUGGCCAAUGUAUGUACAGCGCGUCUCACGGCAACGGCUGGCGCGACUGCCAGUACGGCAAGCACGUAAAGGGCUAUAGGUUCGACUGCGAUAAGCAUUCCGAUGCUAGCCCCAAUUGUCUUCCCAAAUCUCCUCUACAAGCCCACUUGAUGGAUGGGCUACCUGGAUUAUUGCCGCAUAGCUUGCAGUCUGUUGGCUGCAAGUCGACCUGCUCCACAUGCCGUUCUAUUAAACCAGGGCAGCAGUGUAUUACCCCAAUGGGCUUUGGGGAUUUAACUCACGCGGGGUCUAUUACAGGCCGUGGUGAGGAUAUAUGCAAGGCGCUUGGUGACUUCUGCUGUAAGGCGGACUCACCACUAUGCGUGCUUCUUUAUUCGUUGAAAUGUCUGUCGCCAUAUCCGCCGAAAAGCUUGGCCGACAUGUUUUCGUUCCAUUGUAACAUAUUCCAAAGGUGGUCUAGCUCAAAGUAUAUGCAUGGCGCUGAAUACAUAAACAAAAUCGACGCCGCCAUCCACGAAUGCUUCCCACUGUACAUUGGCCUCCACAAUUAUUACGUUUCUCAAAACCUCACCAGUAAACUCAAAUUGCUGCAGUAUUCGGCGACUGAUCACAGUGAUAAAUCAAUCAAUAAAGGGCAUUGCGAUCUUUGGAGUCUUAGCAAAGAAGCUUCAACGAAUCCACAGCAGACGUGUUCAGCUAGCAGUCCCACCAUAUGCGCUCCAUAUCUCAAACCACUAUGCGACAACGCUCAUCACAGCUAUCCUCAGAAGUAUGCCAGUGUCUAUGCUUCAUGGCUGUUGUACUUGGCGUCGGACUUCUGGGACUUACUCAAAGGACUGUUGAGCGAUUUCCAGAACAUCGAUUGCGGUGGCUCGGGCUGCACGAAAUGCUAUUGCAAGCCAGGUCAACAUGGUAUUGAUGAUAACUGUAAGUGCAAUGCAUUAGUACGUUGUCAAGGUGUGCUAUCGACAUUAUACAAAUAUGGGUUCACCUACGGAAAUCCACAAAUAUUGUUGAGUAAUAACACAAGAAAAUGGUGUCGGGAUUUUAACAAGCAACUAAAGAAGGUAAUAGAUUCGGAGCACUUCAAGCAUAUAUUAGAAGAGUGCGAAGAAUUCAUUUGGGCAAUACGUACACCCUUCUCCCACCUCUUAUUAGCCCUCUGGUCGCUGUCGCUCCUGUACCUGCUGCACAUCGCCGUCGUCCGCCUCGACGUCCUGAGGAUACGCUCCCACCUGCGCUCGCCCUCAAGCCACCGCAUCGCCGCCCAGUCCCUCCUCGCCGCCGCACGCGUCAAGGCACUCGCCAACGUCAAGUACUUCUCACCGUAA